ACGGUGCCAAAGUGCAUGCUUGGCCCCUCUCUCUCGGCUCCUCCUCCCCCCCCUCCCCGGGGGCUCUGGCACUCCGAGGCAACCCCGGGCUCCACCUCGCGCGCGCAACACCCACCACACACAGAGAGGCGCGCGCGCACCCUCACACACGCGCACAGCCAGCCCACACGGCGCGAGGAGCAGCGCGGCGAGGAGGCUCUCUGGCGGCGGCGGCAGCAGCACUCGCAGCGCAGCCACGGCCGCUCCUCCAGGCAUGGCACAGGGCUCCGGCGCACUAUGGCAGCCGCGCGACACAGCACCCUCGACCUCACCCUCGCAGCCACAGCUGAUUGUAAUGCUAUUUUUAAAGGUCUGCAGUCCAUCUUCCAAAAACAGGGAAUGACAGAGACUAUUCAUAACUGGGAAGAUCAUGGUUACCUAGCCACAUAUGUCAAUAAAAAUGGCAGUUUUGCCAAUCUGAGAAUUUAUCCUCAUGGCUUGGUGUUGGUGGAUAUACAGACCUACAAUGAUUUGAAUGGAGGAGAAGAUGCAGGUCAGCUUCUAAAUAAGGUAGAAGAAAGAAUGAAAGAACUGUUUCACAGAAACAUUAAACGGGUAAAAAGGUUGCCAGCCAUUGUGAGAGGAGAUACCAUUGACAGAUACUGGCCCACAGCGGAUGGGCGACUGGUGGAAUACGAUAUCGAUGAAGUUGUCUAUGAUGAAGAGUCACCUUAUCAGAAUAUUAAAAUUUUACAUUCAAAACAAUUUGGAAAUAUUCUUAUCCUCAGUGGGGAUGUCAAUCUGGCAGAGAGUGACCUGGCAUAUACUCAAGCUAUAAUGGGCAGUGGAAAGGAAGACUAUGCUGACAAAGAAGUCCUCAUUCUUGGAGGUGGUGAUGGGGGAAUUUUGUAUGAAAUAGUCAAAUUGAAACCAAAGAUGGUCACCAUGGUAGAGAUUGACCAAAUGGUGAUCGACGGGUGUCGAAAAUUCAUGCGAAAAACAUGCGGAGAUGUCUUGGACAAUCUGAAAGGAGAAUGCUAUCAGGUUCUAAUAGAAGAUUGCAUUCCAGUACUGAAGAGGUAUGCCAAAGAGGAAAGGAUGUUUGACUAUGUAAUUAAUGACUUGACAGCUGUUCCAAUCUCCACAUCUCCAGAAGAAGAUUCCACAUGGGAGUUUCUAAGGAUGAUUCUGGACCUUUCCAUGAAAGUCUUGAAACCUGAUGGCAAAUAUUUCACACAGGGAAAUUGUGUCAAUCUGACUGAAGCCUUGACUCUCUAUGAAGAACAGCUUGGCAGACUGUCUUGUCCUGUGGAAUUCUCAAAGGAAGUUGUAUGUGUUCCCUCAUACAUGGAACUAUGGGUAUUUUAUACUAUUUGGAAGAAGAGGAGUGAAGUCUGAAGCUCAAGAUCUCCAUGCCUCCCUUGCCACAUGAAGUGUGUAGACUCGCCACAUGCUUUGUUUUGGCAUCUUGAAACUUUAAAUUAUAUGCUGUAGAUUAUCCUGAAACGUAGUCAUGCUAUCGAUUUGUGGAUUCUUUAAAUGUUUUUUAUUAUUAUUUUAAUUUAAAAGCAAAUGGAAAAUGUAUAUUUUGAUGAGCUAGGGUGUUAUUUUUUUGAAAGUCAGCUUAGAUGAUCUAGCAGCAAGAACUAUAGCUGCUGAAUGCACUGAACCUUUAGAAUGUGAUCAUUUUUAUUAUUAUUUUUAGAUCUUUGAAUACCAAUUUAAAAAGACAGCAUUAAUUUUUCAGCAUGGUCCUCUAGUUUCUGCAAACCCCUUCCUUUUUUUUUUUGGACAGUAUUCAGUUUAGACAAGUGGAUUUUUGUUAAAUGAUCAAUGUGCUUCCAUUAAAGGAUUUAAGGGCAGAUUUAUUUUUAUAGUGAUGCCCUGUGGCCCAAUGAGAUGUCAUAAAGCUCAAAGAGAUCCUUUUGUGUUCUUUUUUAUGGUGAAUUUUAUUCUAAAAUUGAUGUGUUGAUCUGGUGUUAUCAGGUGCCCAUUGCCAUCAUCUGAACUGGCAAAAUUGCAGCAGCUUACUUCCCGGGCCCAUUCACACUACACAGUUAGAGCACUAUUGUUCCACUUGAAUUACCAUGGUUUCAUCCUAUGGAAUUCUAGGGUUUGUAUUUUAGGGAGACAUUUAGAAAUUCUAAAUGCCUCUCCCUGAAUGGCCAAUUCAAGGAUUUCAUAGGUCGGAACCGUGAUAGAUUGAGAGGAAUAAGAAAGCUAUAAUUGCAUAUUAUGAAUAGGCCCUCUGUCACUUCAGGAAGAGAAGUGAAUGCUCUGCCCUGCAGACGUAUAUAAAAAUAUUCUACAGGCCGCAGGUAACCCAAGGCUAUUUUUAGGCACCCUCAAACCUUGCUUCCAUUACUGACUUUUCCCAAAAUUUUGUUGUUUUAGUAGGCUUAAAAAGUCCCUUUAAAACAGCCUUAAAAGUUAAAGAAAAUGGCCAAAAAAUCAUCUUCCACUUCUUAGUAAAAUAAAGAUCUCUCUUGGGUUUAAAGCAGCCCAGAUGGACUGAAAAUAUAUCAAGAUUGUUUCCAUGUCCCUUAAGGUGUAUGGGGGCCCAUUUUAGUUUUAAUUUUAGAAACAUUCAAGGAAGGUAUGUGAUGGGGUUAGGGGCAGUCCUCUGAAAUGAUGCCAGGGACCAAUGUAUUAUCUGUCAACCCUGGUAGUUGUCUGCCUUGUGGCAAGCUCUCUGAUAGCAUUGGAGGCUGUUGCAAUUGCUCUUGAAUUAGUAGGCAAAGGAAGCAAGUUAGGAGUACAAGCCAGAGGACAGGUUUCAUCCUUGACCAUGGGCAGAUUAAUUCACAAUCAAACGCAGGGGCAGGGCAGUCACAUUGCUGUGUGUUUGCCACUUCUGGAUGAACAUGAGUCAAGACCAGUCCUUAAAGGGAAUGACCUAACCUAAGGUUUCAUUAGUUGUCAGUACAGGUCAAUCUUAGCCAGUAAAAUAAUGGAGAGGACCCUGUAGACCUCCAGGCGUUAGUCUAUGACUGCUAUCAUCAUUGAUUGUCCCUAUGAGGACUCAUAGGUGUUGGAGUACAAUAAUGCCUGAGAACCACAGAUUUCUCCUGCAGACUUUUCAAGUAGAAAUGUCUCAUCUUCCUACCUACAGAUUUGCAAACUACUGCAUGUUUCAUACACCAUUGAUUCAAGCAUUUUCUAGUGGCUAACGUGCUAUCAUUCUAAUCAGUUAGCCUCUGUUAUAUGUAUUACAAAUAGGGAGAUAUGGCAUGUUACAAAAAUACUGUUAAUGUUACACAUCUUGAAACUGGCUUGCACUGUUCUCCCAAACCUUCAAGAUCCUGAAAUAUGUAUUAAAAUUAUUUCUAUUGGUUACACGUCUUUUUAACUAAUAUUCCCAGAGUGAAAUUUAAAAGGGAAGAUGAGACAAGUGACUUAGGAAACAAUGUGCAGGAAGCUUCUCCUUCCUGAGAAUCAUCUACAUGAACAGGACAUGUCCUCUCCAUUUCAAUGUAGUCUGUGCAGCGGAAGUUUCUAUUGGAUUGUGCCCCCGAGAGUCUUGUGCAUUUUGUAUUUGAUAUUUUGUGCAUGUCUGUAAACAAAAGUGUUUAUUACAAUCAGUUGAGUCCACCCUUAUGGAUGUGACUAACCCUAAAGCCCAUACGUACACUAUAUUUGCAUACGCAUGUUGAAUAUCCCGUAGAUGAUUGCCUUUGUAAACCCUCCCCCCUACCCAGUCUGCUUCUGCACAUGGUGUGAAAUUAUAUUUUUGUAAAAUCUUCCUGUGUCUUGGUUGAUCAUUCACUUAUAAGAAAAUCCUUAAAAUAGUUCAGAAAUGCAUCUUUCCUUGUAUAGUUUGGGGAGAUUGAAAAUUAAAAUUCAACAUUGUUUAAAAACUUUUACAAUUGUUUUAACGUAAAACCCCAAAGGAGCUGCUUUCCAUUUGCCUGUUCUGUUUUCUAAUAGUAAAAGGAUGACUUAUGCUGGCUCUUCCCCCAAAUUUAGGUCUAAAUCCAAUAAGAGAAAUGAUUUUCUUUCUCCAUUACAGUGUGCUAUGCACUCCCAAAAAUCUGUUUUAGAAGGCUGUGAAGACAUCUGGUGACAGUUUUUGGUGCCAUAGAAGGUUUAAGAGGAAGGGAGGGGAACAUGUUAUAUUUCCCUGCCAUUCCCCACUAGCACAAUAAGGACUUUUUGCCAUCAUCACAAAGUGAGCCUGCUGUAUUGUGAAAAGUCCAGUUCUCUUUGCACAAUUUGCUUUGAAUUCUGCAGUACGGCAUAGCAUUGUGUGAAAUACAGGGAUUUGUCUUGACACCUUGGGUUCUGCUAUGCUAACAGUUUGUAAUUCCUGAAUUAUAUUAUCUAUGAAUCUACCUAAUAAACUAUUUGAAUCUCUGUAUUGUUAAACUAAGUUUAAAGAUUGCUUGUGGAAAGAGCAAACUUCAUUCAAAUCUGAUAUUUGAUCACAAGGGAAAAGGGAAUCAUCGUUUAUUUAAACCUGUCUAUUUUGAGGUCCUAAUUCAAAUAUACAAUACUCUUUAAUCUUUUCCUUGAAUUAGAUUAAGAAUAUUCAUAGAAAGAGCACACAAAUCCCUUGCCUUAAAGUUCAAGGCACACAACUAGGCUGCAUGUAUAUUCAAUCAUUUCCCUAUGUUGGUUGUCUCAUAGAUAGCAUCCUUUAUGUCUUUCAUUUAUAAACUGGCAGUUUAUUCAAAAAACAAUAAACAGUUUUUCAAGAAUUGGAUUCUAAAAGACUUACAAUUUUGAUGUCACUAUGUGUAUACGUACAUUUAUAUGUUGUAUACAUAUGACCUAAUACUAUUGUUAUUCUGCACUAGAGUAAAUUCAUUGAAGCAAAAAUGCCUUCAAGUGUAUUAUUUUUCUGAAAGAGGCUGGAUAUAUUGUUCUGGGUUCAUUCAGUGCUUAUAACUUGAAAGUAAUAGCAAUCAUCUUAGGUAAGUGGAAACAAUUUUCCUCCAGCCUGGUAAGAAAUUACAACUCCUUCAUAUCUAGAUUAUGGAAUGCCCACAGUUGUUACACUCAAAAAGGACAAUCCACCUGAUGAUUUUGUUUUUGUUUGUAACCCAAAUCAAGAUGGCUUGACUUGUUUUUUUAAACACACACACACACACAAACAUAGGCAUUUGUUUUGUGAAGAAGAAAAUUAAGAAAGAAAAACAAACUACUGCUACAAAAACAAGAAUAAUUUGAUUUGUGUAUGGGGAGGGGGGAUAUACACUUGGACAACAAAGCCUCUGACAUAGAAGUCCUUUUUACAGACUUUUUAGCAACCCUAUUUACUCUGUUUAGCUGAUUUUUAGCAUCAACACCAGUAACAUGUUAAAGGAGGGCUGGAUGUUUAAAAUGUUGUUUAGGCCACUUGUUGAGGGAAAUGCAAACACUUGUUAAAAAUAGCAAAAUUGUAUAAAUUGAAUAUCUUUCACUGCCUUUUCCAUUGCUUCUUUUAAUUGAAAUGUUUAGAUACUUGGUAUUGUCAAAAGCUUUCAUGGCUGGAAUCACUCGGUGGUUGUGAGUUUUCUGGGCUGUAUGGCCAUGUUCCAGAAGCAGUUUUUCCUGACCUUUUGCCUGCAUCUAUGCCGGCAUCCUCAGAGGUUGUGAGUUCUGUUGGAAACCAGAAAAAUGGGGUUUAUAUAUCAUAUACCUUACAACCUCUGAGGAUAUCUGCCAUACAUGCAGGCAAAACGUCAGAAGAGAAUGCUUCUGGAAAUGGCCAUGCAGCCAGAAAAACUCACAACAACCCACUUUAGAUUCAUUGAUAUUCCUUAGUUAUAUAUAGUUAUCAUUAUAAUAUACAGUAUUAAAAUUCACCUUUUCCCACUUCCAUGCUAAGUAGCAAUUUUAAAAAGACAGAUUGACACUUUAAAUUUUCCCAUGAAAUGGAUUGGAAUAGAAGGGCUUCACUGCACAUGUAAAACUAUCCAAAAGACAGUUGACAUGAUGUGUUUUCUGAUUCUUUGCACUAAAUGCUGCUUCUUUCCAGUAAUGAUUUUUUUUCUUUAAAAAAAAUAUGUUGGCUAAUUGGAUUUGGCUAAGAAAAAACUGCUGGCGUGAUAUAAACUGUGUUAAUACAAACAAAUGCUCAAAUAAAAUUAUGCUUGUGUUA